UGAUUACAAGCCAGCCAUCGGUGCAGCGAAGCAUAAGGAGCGAUUGAGGUAAAGCAAAAGUCCGUCGCGGCGGAGAAGAGGAGAAGAUGCGGUGGGGAGGUUCAGCGAAGGAGAGAAGUGUCAACGUUGAAGAAGAAUGAGUGAAUGACCUAUUGACGUUCGCAAUUUCAAGGGCAUAUUAGGUGUUUAGGGCAGCUACUGAUUAGUUUAACGGGUUGGGUUAGUGGGCUUACAGUUUUAGAAGCCCAAACACGUUUUAGAAGCCUAAUUUUAACCCGAAUGCACAAACACGUUUUGAGACGCCGUUUCCACGACCUUGCGAUUCAGCGCAGCAUUGAAGGCGAUUUUUUACUAGCAUGGCAGCAAUAAUGUUGACGACUAUGAAUAUUCCUCUGCACACUUCGGUUUGGGUUAAUUCCCGGCGGAAGAGUUGGUGCUGCUACGCCUCACUUUCGCAGCCAGACAGGAAGGAGAUCCGUCUCGGUUUGCCCAGCAAAGGUCGCAUGUCCGCUGACACCCUCGAACUUCUCAAGAAUUGUCAAUUGUCAGUGAAGCAGGUCAAUCCUCGUCAGUAUGUUGCUGAAAUUCCUCAGCUAUCCAACCUCGAAGUUUGGUUUCAGAGGCCCAAAGACAUCACAAGAAAAUUGUUAUCUGGAGAUCUUGACCUUGGUAUUGUUGGACUCGAUACUUUCAGUGAACAUGGCCAGGGUAGUGAAGAUCUUAUCAUUGUCCACGAGGCUCUCGAGUAUGGUGAUUGCCGUUUAUCCCUUGCGAUUCCCCAAUAUGGAAUAUUUGAAAAUGUAAAUUCAGUGGACGAGCUUGCAAAAAUGCCUCAAUGGACAGAAGAAAAGCCUCUACGAGUUGCUACUGGUUUCACCUAUCUGGGGCCUAAAUUUAUGAAAGAGAAUGGACUUAAGCAUGUCACAUUUUCAACUGCUGAUGGAGCACUGGAGGCAGCUCCUGCGAUGGGGAUAGCUGAUGCUAUCUUGGACCUUGUAAGUAGUGGGACCACACUGAGAGAAAACAACUUGAAGGAAAUCAAAGGUGGAGUUGUUUUGGAAAGCCAGGCUGUGUUUAUUGCAAGCAGGAAAUCGAUGAUCCAACGGAAAGGAGUUCUUGAAACAACACAUGAGAUGCUUGAGAGGUUGGAAGCACAUCUGAGGGCCAUUGGGCAGUUCACGGUUACUGCAAACAUGAGGGGAAGCAGUGCAGAGGAAGUGGCUGAGAGAAUACUGAGUCAACCAUCAUUAAUGGGUUUGCAGGGACCCACUGUAAGUCCUGUUUUCUGCAAGCAUGAUGGGAAGGUAACAGCAGACUAUUAUGCCAUAGUCAUAUGUGUGCCUCAGAAGGCACUAUACAAGUCUAUACAACAACUGAGAGCGAUUGGAGGCAGUGGAGUUCUUAUAUCACCCUUGACCUAUAUUUUUGAUGAAGAAACUCCAAGAUGGCGUCAGCUCCUAUCUAAACUUGGGCUGUAGCCAUUUAUGAUCAAUCUAUGGAGUCAUUUGUGGAUGUUUCGUUUUUCAGAUACUUCCAAAGUAGAUGAGCAUUAAAUCUAUGGUGAAAGCUGCAAAAGCCUAGUACACCAAAAUGGAGGACGUAGAUAACUAAAAUUGCACUUUUAGAUUGUAAUUUUUGUAGCAAGCCUGUAUCUUCUUCCUUUCGUUCUCUUCAUAACAUUGGUAAUCGCUAGAGAAGUGACUGCUUCUUGGUCCUUUCCGGGGGGAUUGUUAUUUCAGUUGAACUGGGAUUUUGCUUCGGUGUUUUAAUUUUAAACUUUGAAGUAGAUUUUAUUUUAUUUGUGACCUUAAUGAGUUGGCCAUCUUUCGAAUGAUGUUUGAUACGUUAGAAUGCCCAGCGAAGAAAUGUGUCUAAUGAAUAAAAUUUUGGUUUUUUUUA